AUUUGUUUCCUUAUAUUUCAGCUACCUGACUGCAAAUAACAAUGAGAAUUUCUUGUACACUGCAAGACCUUUUUUGAAGAGAGCUGCUCUGGUAAUAAGCUAUGUGAUUCUCAUUUUGUAUUUCCGUCUCUGGAUAAUGGGAGGAUCCAUGCCAAUGUUUUCAGAACAGGACAAUCCAGCUUCAUUUUCACCCUAUUUGCUGACGAGGUUUCUGACUUACUCGUACCUCCUGGCCUUCAAUGCGUGGCUUCUGCUGGCACCCAUUACCCUGUGCUAUGACUGGCAAGUCGGCAGUAUCCCUCUGGUCGAGUCUGUCUGGGAUGUGAGGAACUUGGCCACUGUCUUCCUGGUGCUGGUGCUGGUGUUACUUAGCCUUCACUGCCUAGCUGCGUUCAAGAAACUGGAACACAAAGAAGUUUUGGUUGGCUUGUUGUUCCUGGUUUUCCCCUUCAUCCCAGCCAGCAACCUCUUCUUCAGGGUGGGAUUUGUGGUGGCAGAGCGAGUCCUUUACAUGCCGAGGUAACUAUUGCAAUUCCUU